CCGCACGCCGGCGGCAGGUCGCGCGCGGCGCGGCGGCAGGGCGAGACCAUCGCCAAGGGCCACAAAAACUAUGAGCUUAUGCUCAACCUCCAGCUCGGCAUCAGACACGCAGUAGGAAAGCAAGGACCUAUUACGCUUGAUCUGAAGUCAUCAGCUUUUGACCCAAAGGAGAAAGUAUGGACCAGGUUCCCUCCAGAAGGCUCAAAAUACACCCCUCCACACAGUUCUUGCGAUUUUAGAUGGAAAGAUUACUGCCCGCAAGUAUUCCGGACAUUGCGCAAGUUGUUCAAGGUUGAUGCAGCAGACUAUAUGUUAUCCCUUUGUGGCGACCAGGCUCUCCGGGAGCUCUCAUCCCCUGGUAAGAGUGGAAGCUUCUUUUAUCUCACGAGCAAUGACCAGUACAUGAUAAAGACGAUGAAGAAAGCUGAAGUAAAGAUAUUUCUGAAGAUGCUUCGGGCUUACUACAAUCAUGUCCGGUCAUUCGAAAACACUCUAGUCACCAAGUUUUUUGGUCUGCAUUGUGUCAAGUUAGCCGGAGCUAACCAAAAGAAGGUUCGUUUUGUCAUAAUGGGAAAUCUGUUCUGUUCUGAUCACUUUAUUCAUAGGAGAUUUGAUUUAAAAGGCUCAUCCCUUGGACGUACGACUGACAAGCCACAGACAGAAAUAGACGAGUACACUAUUUUAAAAGACCUUGAUCUUAACUUUAUAUUUCGAUUGCAAAAACACUGGUACCAAGAGUUUCAGAGACAAGUCGACAAGGAUUGCGAUUUUCUCGAGCAGGAAAACAUUAUGGAUUACAGCCUUUUGGUGGGCGUACAUUUUAGGGACAAAAGAGUUAUAAUGACUGAAGGUUCCUUUGAUAGUGAUAGCAGCAGAGGAUCAUCACCCCACCUGUCACCUCACCUAUCUAGAGGAGAUACUGAUGCAAACAGGUUCUCCAAGGUAAAGCUCGGGUCGAACAUGCCAACAAAAGCUGAAUUGACAAUUCGAAAGAGUGAUUGUGAACCACAGGUUAUUGGAGAACCUACCGGGGAGUUGUACGAUGUUAUAUUGUACUUUGGGAUUAUAGACAUACUUCAGGACUAUGAUAUCAGCAAAAAACUUGAGCAUGCAUACAAGUCUUUCCAAUAUGACCCAACGUCUAUUUCAGCAGUAGAUCCAAAACAGUAUUCCAGGCGCUUUAAAGAUUUUGUUUACAAAGCGUUCCAAGAAGACAAGGUAGACAUCUGAGAAGACAUUGGGACUCAGCAGCUAUUAGGACUUCUGGCAUGGAUUUAUGUGGUGAACUGUCGAAACAGCAUGCUGCUGACAUUGCAGCAGGGCUUGAUGCCUCUACAUGUACACCAUCGGGUCGCCGGACUCCACUGGAUGAGAAAGAGCUUGAGAAUCAGGAUGAUCGUACUACCCCUGCUUGCAGAUUCCAAGGAAUUCAGCUGGAAAAUAAGGCUCCAUUUGAGACAGCGUUGCAUUUGAAUAAUCAGGCCGAGCAGUCCAUUUUUGUUUGUUUACAAAAUAGACACAGCUGCCUUUCUACAGGUACUUUUUCAGCCAGUGUAGCAUAGCGCAUCAAUGCCAAAGCUAUGCCUAAAUAGCUAUAUACAUGCAUACAGAGUUCACUAAUGUUAGUGUAGAUGCUGACUUGAAGAUCCUUUUGUCCACCACCCCCAGACUGAACUUACAAUGAUAUUUUGUGAUGACAAGUUCAGAGAUGUAAAUGUUUUACCUGAGUGGACAUGCCACGCUUCUAUGCUGCUGCCUGAUGUAACCGGUGUGUUUUCUUUGUAUCUGAAUUGUUGAGAUACUAUAUUGUGCACAACAUGUGAUACAAAUAUUGACCAAUUUGAA